AUGGCCGCCCAAUCUACCCUCCGGCAUAGCGAGGACCCUCUACGUGCCCUCUUUGCCCACUACUCCGGCAUCCUACGAUCACGCGUCAAACAUGCCUCCAAAGUCACCAAGCUCCUCUCCACCCUCGCCCUCCUAGUUUCUAUAAUUGGUGCCGGAUAUGGAGGGAGCAACUGGUGGAAGAACCGGCGGAAAGAGAAGGAAACAGGUCGACGGCUGCUACGCCGUAACUCUGGUGUAAGAGGCAAAGACGGUUCCCGGACUAUAUACGUCCCGUACCGCGAUGCCACCUCGAAGGUCACCAUUCAUCCGACAAAACCUACCACUUUCGAUGCGCAUCGACGACUCUUCCUGCAACCUCCGCGUGCUGCAGGCUUAGGUGACGGAACUGCACCGCAAGUUCCGCCGCCGCAGACGAAGCCGGGAUUGAACCUCGCCUUCCUCCACCAGUUCCUAAGCCUCCUCAAUAUCAUGAUACCGAGAUGGAGUAGUAAAGAGACGGGGCUGCUGCUGAGUCAUGGCGUCUUUUUGAUGCUGCGGACAUACCUCUCGCUGGUUGUUGCUCGCCUAGAUGGUGAGAUAGUCCGGGAUUUGGUGGCAGGCAACGGCAAAGCCUUCCUCUGGGGCAUUGUGAAAUGGUGUGGCAUCGGCAGCUUUGCAUCUUACACAAACGCCAUGAUCAAGUUCCUGCAAUCGAAAGUCUCGAUUGCGUUCCGGACUAGGCUUACACGGUACAUUCACGAUCUAUACUUGAAUGACCAUUUGAACUACUACAAACUCAACAAUCUGGACGGAGGGAUCGGGCAAGGCGCGGAUCAGUUCAUCACGCAGGAUCUGACACUCUUCUGUCAAUCCGCUGCAUCGCUUUAUUCGUCACUGGGGAAGCCAUUCGUCGAUCUAUGCGUUUUCAAUUACCAACUAUAUCUAUCACUCGGUCCAAUCGCGUUGACUGGACUCGUCGCAAACUAUUUCCUGACCGCAACUAUUCUUCGGAGACUCUCUCCGCCUUUUGGGAAGCUAAAGGCUGUAGAGGGGCGACGCGAGGGCGACUUCCGAGCACUGCAUUCUCGUCUUAUCGCAAAUGCUGAAGAGGUAGCUUUCUACGGUGGAGAUCAGAUGGAAAGGCACUUCUUAGACAAGGGAUUCCGAGAGCUCAAACAUUGGAUGGAGGGCAUAUACAGCUUGAAGAUCCGAUACAACAUGCUGGAGGAUUUUGUUCUCAAAUACAGCUGGUCGGCAUUUGGCUACUUCAUAACAUCCCUGCCUGUAUUUUUACCCGCGUGGGGCGGUGUUGCAAAGGCUUUAGAGUCAGUUGACAUUGGAGAAAAACAAGGCCGCGAAAGAAACAGAAUGAAGGACUUCAUCACCAACAAGCGACUAAUGCUUUCACUGGCUGAUGCUGGUGGCCGUAUGAUGUAUUCGAUCAAGGAUCUUUCGGAGCUAGCUGGCUACACUUCGCGCGUGUAUACUUUGACCAGCACUCUACAUCGUGUCCAUGCCGACGCCUACUUCCCUCCUCCCGGCUCGCGUCCCGAACUAUACUCUCUUUCCGACAUCCAAGGCACUAUUCACAAAGGCUUCGAUGGCGUCAGGCUUGAACACGUUCCUGUCGUGGCCCCUAGCUUGUAUCCGAUGGGUGGAGACGAACUCAUCGAAUCACUCUCGUUCAUCGUUCAUACAGGUGAACAUCUUCUUAUCACCGGCCCGAAUGGCGUCGGUAAAAGUGCUGUUUCGCGAAUUGUUGCAGGAUUGUGGCCGACUUACCGAGGCCUCGUGAGCCGACCUCGAUCUGUGGGUACAGAUGGCAUCAUGUUUCUCCCUCAACGCCCUUAUCUAAGUACCGGAACUUUAAGAGAUCAGGUCAUCUAUCCUCAUACCGAGAUAGAUAUGAAGGAUGCGCAAAGGCGCGACUUCGAGCUAAGCGGCGUGCUUGAAGAAGCUCGAUUAGGCUAUCUUCCUGAUCGUGAGGGAGGCUGGGACACCAGGAAAGACUGGAAAGACGUCUUGAGCGGAGGCGAGAAGCAACGCAUGGGCAUUGCUCGACUUUUGUAUCAUGAGCCACGGUACGCUUUCGUAGAUGAGGGUACCAGUGCUGUCAGCAGCGAUGUUGAAGGUCUGCUCUACGAACGGGCGAAAGCAAAGGGCAUCACCCUGAUCACGAUAUCUACACGCGCAUCACUAAAACGCUACCACACAUACACAUUGACCCUCGGCAUAGGCGAGACAGGCGAGGAAUGGGACUUGCAACGUAUCGGUACCGAAAGUGAAAAGUCAUCAGUGGAGAAAGAGUUGGCUGAAUUGCGCGAGAGACUUGCAAAGGUCGAAGAGUGGAAGCAAAGAAGACAGGAAAUCGAAGACGAGCUAAACAAGGUGUGGGUCGAAGGCGGCGAGGCGCUACCUCCACCUCCGUAUGCCGAAAACUCACAGGAUGAGGACGAAAUCUCUCCCAGGACAACUCCUAACGAUGAAAACGCUCCUUCGAUCGAACACAUCGAGGCGGUUGAGGAAUAG